CGUUCAUUGGUACCCGAUCUUUCAUCAGUCACCUAUACUGUCGCCUUAAAUUAUACAGAAUAAGCGAUUGUUUUGAUCGGGUGAUGUGUCAGCUUUUACUGUUAGCGACUAUUUAGACAUCUUUGAGACAACAACGUUUGUACCAUGGAGGUUGAAGAACUAGACCCUGAAAAGAAUGCUCUCAGUCCGACUCCGAGACUUGUUAGCAAGAAACACGAUGGUUCAGCAUGUAGACUAAUUUUCGCAGCUACCUGUGCUUUCUUGGGACCAUUUUCAUUCGGUUACAGUAUUGGAUAUAGCUCACCAGCACUUCCUGAGCUAGAAAAGCUUGGAAUAUUGACCAGAUCUCAAAGUGGCUGGUUUGGGUCAUUGUUGACAGUUGGAGCUCUGAUUGGUGGACCAUUUGGGGGUUUGUUGAUGGAAAAAUUUGGAAGAAGAACUGCAAUGAAGUUCACUUCAAUACCAUUCUUUUUUGGCUGGCUUUGUAUUGCUUUUUGGAGUGGAACACAGGGCUUAUUUUUCGGCAGAUUCUUGUGUGGGUUUGCCAGUGGACUUGUAACAGUAAGUGUGCCUGUGUAUAUUGCAGAAACGUCUACAACUUCUCUACGAGGAACACUUGGGGCAGGAAUUCAGCUGUCUAUAACAAUUGGAAUUCUUGCGUCUUAUUCAGCAGGAAUGUACUUCCAGUGGUCUGACAUGGCAAUCAUUGGAAUGAUACCUGCAUGCCUUGCAUUUGUUACAUUAUACUUCGUUCCAGAAACACCAAGAUGGCUGCUGUUAAAUGGUAAAAAGCUAGAAGCUGUUGCAUCGUUACGUCAGUUGCGUUAUGAGCAUGCCGACUGCGAAGAUGAAUGUAGAGAUAUAGAGGAAGGUCUUGACCUUAAGGAACAGUUCACAUGGUCGGAAUUCAAAAAACCAGAAUUGUCUCGACCUCUGAUGAUAUCGGUGUUUAUCAUGAUUUUUCAGCAGUUUAGUGGUAUAAAUGCUAUCAUGUUUUAUACAGUGACAAUAUUUAAGAAUGCUGGACUGGGUAUAAGUGAGCUGGCUACAGUACUUGUUGGUGCUGUGCAAGUUGGUGGAACGUUCGUAUCAUGCCUGCUGAUGGACAGAAUGGGAAGACGUAGAUUACUGAUAAUUGCUGGUCUAUCUAUGAGUCUGUCUUUACUUGUCAUGGGAUGGUGUUAUCAUAAAUUAGACACUGGGUCAUCUCCGGCUGACGUAGGAAUGAUAUCCGUUAUCUGUGUUGUGGUCUAUAUUCUAGGAUUUUCACUCGGUUGGGGACCAAUUCCAAUGCUCAUUAUGUCAGAAAUCUUCCCAUCAAGAGCGAGGGGUGCUGCUAGCAGCAUAGCAGUCUUUACCAACUGGUUCUGUGCAUUUGUGGUUACAAAAGAAUUCUUAUUUGUACAGGACGUGUUUGGAGCUGCAACUACAUUCUGGAUGUUUGCCUUCUUCUGUGCAUGUAGCGUAAUGUUUGUGUGGAGAAAAGUGCCGGAGACUAAAGGAAAAUCUCUGGAAGACAUUGAGCUCUUUUUCCUGGGUAAAAGCACCUUGAUUGUGUAAUGGAAAAUCAUAAAACGAGGUUUUAUAGGGCUCAUAACAUGGAUGUUAAACUUUGGGUUUAUAUGUAGAUAGGUUUAUACUGUAUGUAAUCAUGGGUCAUACUAUCAGGCUGAUUUGGAGAAGUAAUAUCCUGUUCAUUUUUGUAAUCAUUGCUAGAAUAUUCGAUGCCAUAUUUUUGUGGAAAAUUCCAAGAUGUAUUCAUUGAAGGUCAUCAAAGAAAAAUUCUAUUACUAAUUAAACAUACUGCAGAAUAUUCUGCCAUAAUGAAAAUGUGUUGUUUUGAAAGAUUUAUAUUUAAAUCUUUGAUAUAACUUUAAAGAAGUAUUUUUGUUGCAAAAAGAUAAUAACUAGAUAGUUCUAGAAGAUGAAAUAUUCACUGCCAAUAAGACCUCAUUUUUGACAUAGUCAUUUUACAAUAUAAUUUUUGCAAUUAAGUGACCACACAGUGUAUUAAUUCCAUUAUUUAUUUUUCAUUUGUCUUGUUUUGUAUAUGUCAAAAUGAAAAUUUUAUCCUUUUCUUUUUUUCUUAAA